CGUUUCAAACUGGUCCUGCUGCUCCUCGAAAGAAUCUCCUGGCGAACCACAACUCCCAGAGGCGCUUUGCGCGCCCCCGUUGACGUCAUGUAAAAUAUCCCCGCCCUCCUCAAUGGGGACGGUGCGUUUCCAGCCUUCUGAUUUCCAAGUCCCCGCCUCUUUUUAGAACGUUGUGUAUCCUGCCCUCUAGUUCCAUGUUACUUCCUGCUGGUGCUUUUGCUGCUGAUUACCGAGGGCUGAUCACGCGUGGGGGUAACAAGCGGAGACAUCCCCAGGUUCUGUUACUGGGCUGCUCCGAUCCUUUGUCCCUGCGAGGAGGCGCUGACCCUUAGGGUCCCAUCUUGGCUGCUUGUGAGGGGCGAACAUGUAACAGGCGCUCUCAGUUCUGUUCCUUACAUCCCCUUAUGAAUGGAUAUGGGGGGUCCCAGCUUGUAGAUACUCUGCUCUUCCGAGAAGUGUUCAAGCCUUUUAGAACCAAACCUCCCAGAAUAUGCCAUUGGGCCAACACACCCCUUCUUGGGAUUUGGGGAGAGCCUGUGUAGCUUUCCUAUUUUAACUACUUCUAUUUAUUUAUGUUGUUUUCCCUGUAUCCCAAACUGAUGAGUUUGUGGAUUUCGCACAGAAUUUCAAGCCUUGCGCUAUUUUAUACCCUUUCAUUUUUAACCUUGUCUAUUUAAUGACUAUAAGAUGAAAGGGAACCUAUUAAAUGGAAUUUAAUUAUUUAUUUUUGGGUUGAUCUGCAACCCACCCCCUCCCCCAUAUCAUUUAGAUGCUGAUCCCGGGAAGGCAUAAUUGGAUUAUUUUUUCGAUUGCUGGUCAUUCCUUGUAAAGACAUGCACCCCUUUAUAUGGCAUUACUAGUGCACCCCUGUACUGUUUCCUGCACAAUCUUGGGCUAGUUCUUCUGUAUCCCAGAACAUAAUGGAACUUGAGAAUAUCGUAGCGAAUACGGUUUUGCUGAAAGCAAGGGAAGGUGGAGGUGGAAAACGAAAAGGGAGAAGCAAAAAAUGGAAAGAAAUCCUGAAAUUUCCCCAUAUCAUUCAGUGUGAAGACUUGCGCAAGCAGCUUGUAAGGGACUAUCCAAGCUUGUGUGAGAAACAGCCGAUCGGCUGCCGCCUUUUUCGCCAGUUCUGUGAUACCAGGGAGCAUUUCCUUCGAUGCAUUAACUUCCUCGAUGCGGUGGUAGAUUAUGAAGUUUCACCCGAUGAGAAGAGAAAGGAAACAGGAGAAGAGAUUAUUUCCAGAUUUUUCACCCCAGAAUCGUCCGACUAUAUGCCAGAGAUCCCAGAUGCUUAUAUGGAGGAAUGCAUUGAGAAUCUUGGAAAAAAUCCCAGCAAGGAAAUAUUCACUCGGUGCAUUAGCGAACUCCAUGAGUUCCUUAGUGGGUCCCCGUUCCGAGAGUACCAGGAAAGUAUGUACUUCGAUCGUUUCUUGCAGUGGAAAAGCCUAGAAAGACAACAGGUUACAAAAGAUACUUUCCGGCAGUACAGGGUACUAGGCAAAGGUGGCUUUGGGGAGGUGUGUGCGUGCCAAGUCCGUGCCACAGGGAAGAUGUAUGCUUGUAAAAAACUAGAGAAGAAGAGGAUCAAGAAGAGAAAGGGAGAAUCAAUGGCCCUGAAUGAGAAGCAGAUCCUGGAGAAAGUGAACAGCCGUUUUGUGGUUAGUCUGGCUUACUCCUAUGAAACGAAAGACGCCCUGUGUCUGGUGCUGACGAUCAUGAACGGUGGUGACCUCAAGUUCCAUAUCUACAAUAUGGGAAAUUCUGGCUUCGAGGAGGAACGUGUGGUCUUUUAUGCUGCUGAGCUCUGCUGUGGCUUAGAACAUCUACACCAGGAGGGAAUUGUUUACAGGGAUUUAAAACCAGAAAAUAUCCUUUUGGAUGAUGAUGGUCACAUCAGGAUAUCAGACCUUGGUUUGGCAAUCAAGAUACCAGAAGGGGACAGUAUCCGGGGAAGAGUAGGCACAGUGGGUUAUAUGGCCCCAGAAGUGAUAAAGAAUGAACGCUACACUUUUAGCCCGGACUGGUGGGGUUUGGGUUGUCUCAUUUAUGAGAUGAUCGAAGGCCAGUCUCCCUUUCGGGCACGGAAAGAACGAGUAAAGAGGGAAGAGGUUGAGAAGAGGGUGCAGGAAGAACAGGAGUCCUAUUCUGCUAAAUUUACAGAGGACGCUAAAUCAAUUUGUCAAAUGCUGUUGACCAAAGACCCGAAGCAGAGGUUUGGCUGUAAGGAACAUGGCGCUGACGAGGUGAAGCAGCACCCUUUUCUCAGGAACAUUAACUUCAAAAGGCUGGAGGCAGGAAUAAUGAAGCCACCCUUUGUUCCAGAUCCCCGAGCUGUAUACUGUAAGGAUGUCCUGGACAUUGAACAGUUUUCUACCGUCAAAGGAGUUAAUUUGGACCAAACUGAUAAUGACUUUUAUGCCAAGUUUGCAACUGGCUGUGUGUCCAUCCCCUGGCAGAAUGAGAUGAUCGAGACUGAGUGCUUUAAGGACCUCAACAUCUUUGGACCAAAUGGAACUCGCUCUCCUGAUCUAGACUGGAGACAGCUCCCAGAACCGCCCAAACGUAGUUUGCUGCAGAGGCUUUUUCGAAGACACAAUGCUGACAUAGCCAUUACCGCGAAUGAGUCCGCCAUCUCCAGUGCCAAUACCACAAACCAUCACUUCCAAGAAAGGACACCCACACAUAAUGCUUCCCCCUUGUCUUGAUGGAAAAUCAUGGGGGUCUUUUUAGAACUGAUGACUGUGACAUCAGUCAUGAUUUUUGUUUUUUAAAUCCCAGAAUCCUUUGCUGCCCUCUCCCUUUUUUUUCUCAGGUUUAACCUAGAACUCUAUGUGAGUAAAAAACAGGCUUUUUACAGAAUAUAUAUAUAAAUACAUAUAUAUGUAUACACAAAUAUUUGGGCUGUUAAGGCCCAAGGACACAUGGAAAAUUCCAAGUUCCUGCUCAAGGGAAACGCGACUCUCAUUGCUCCUAAUUGGGGCGAAAAUAUCCAUCUGAUUUGACAUCUCAAGGAAGUUCAGUCCAGCGAAUGUUAAGCGAAUGGAAAAAUACACGUCGUAUUUUUUUAUGUUUAUUUUUUUUUAUCACUUGUUAAGGCUUCAUGUUCAAAACAAAGAUUGGGAUAAAAUUGGACACCAUUUUAUUAUA